UCUGAAAGCCAAUCGAGAGGAAUAAUUGGAUAAAAGUUACAAGUAUUUGAGCACGCCUUAAAGCAAGUUGUGACAAUUAAUUUUGCGGAAAUAACGUUAAACAAUCAACAAUAGUAUAAUCUCUAAAUUUGCGUAAUUCAAACUCGUUAUCGCUGUAUAAAUAUUCGCACGAUAUUAGCGAAUUAAAAACGAAUGCACCUACGCAAGUGGUAUGUUCCUAUAUGCUAACUUAUCGCAGUGCAAACUCUCGUAAGAAAACAUCGCGAUAAUUGAAACGGCGGCGCCGAUCAAGAGAGAGAUCAAGAAGAUUUCAUUGGAGUAAUUAAAAAAAGUUAAUGCUUUUUACUAUGACGGUGGCAGAACAAAUAAAUAUCGAGCAAUCUGAUAUAACCUUUCACAAUCUUCUCAAACAUAUAAAUGACAUAAAUAAGUGGAAAAAUUAGAUUGAUUGUGUGACAAUCGAGUCUUUCUUUCUGAACGCAAACGAAUAAGAUAACGUAAUAAAAAUAAUUUUAAAAAAGUGUUCGGUCUGUGUGCGAGAUAAAAAUGUGUGACUGUUCGCAAAAGCGAGACGACAAGACCGUUGAGAAAGUCGGUCUGGAAACUGUGACUCUUUUUUCGAAGUGUCCUGCACCGUAUCGUCCUGGAAGAGAUAUCCUUGAGCAUACAGUUUCCAUUGGCUCCGAUCGGAUGCCGAUUGAUUCCAUUCAAUUCACCAGCAAUGCCACAACAAGCGAUUCAACAAAAACUUCGUUGACAGAUGUGGAAUCGUCUAGCGAAUCUAGCAGGACGUACAAGUUUGUUUAUCCCACAAAAGACAAUUAUUCUGGUGAAGAAGAAAGCUUUAAAUUAUCACGGGUCUGCGUGGAGACUGACAAAAUUAAGGAGAUCGUGGAAGAGGAACUAGAUAUCGAAUAUACAUUGGCCAUAAUAAAGCCGGAAGCGGUGGUCUACAGAAAGGAAAUCGAGCGUCAAAUAUAUGCGGAGGGAUUCGAGAUUUGUCAGACUCGUUGGCUACAGUUGACACCCGAACAAGUUGCCGAGUUCUACAACAACCGCUUCGGCGAACUGUGUUUUCCUCAUCUGGUGGCAUACAUGUCCUCGGGACCCAUCAUAGUGUUUGUAUUAGCAAAGGAGAACGCCAUUGAUGAAUGGAAGAGGCUCAUGGGACCGACCACGGUGACCGAAGCGCGUUUAUAUUUUCCUGACAGCAUCCGAGCGAGAUAUGGUCGCAAAGGAGAUGACUUAAAGAACGCUGUCCAUGGCAGCUGCGGUCGCGAACAGGCUGAGAAAGAAAUCCACUUUUUCUUCCCUGAUUUCAUAAUUGAACCCUGGCUAAGAGACGAAAGGGCUGAAGACUAUUUGUGGGAGACUGUCAAUCCGGUUCUCGUCGAAGGCCUGACAUUGGUAAAACAAUUUUUGCCAAAAAAAUUUACGAUUUAUUUUGCGGACCAUUUUUUUAUUAUCCUUCGAUUGAUUUUACAGUGUUGCAAACACAGACCGGCCGAUCCUGUAUUGUGGUUGGCGCAUUGGCUGAUCCUGAACAACCCUAAUAAGCCUAAACUACCGGAAGAUCUCGCCUUAAUUCCUACAUAAUUCUCUUCAAAUUAUCUCGUUAACCUGUUUUACACUUUAACACGGAACACCCGCCGUCUUACCCACUAGAUCUAUUUCCUUCGAAGUUUCGUGACGACAUGAUGGCAUCCUUUUCUCUUUCUUCUCCUUUUUAGUAUCUGUCGCGGUCUGCGGAAUGUACCUCGAAACAUAAAACAGAAUUUUGCAAAGUUUUGCCGUGUAAAAUAAAACUUGCGCUGCUGAGUUUUCAUUUUUUCAUCUCAUCUUUCAUUUGUAAUCAGAUUUGAAAGGAUAUCUUCAAUAUUCAUGAAAGUUAUUUAACGCUAGUCUAUAAUUUUUAAAAAUUUUCUGUUUGUUUAAUUUUUAAUUAAUUUUAUUCCGUCUGUCCCUCGAUUCAGUCAAAACAUUGAGAGAAUAGAAGUGAAGACAAUAAAGUGUACUACUCGCACAGCGCACAUUAA